AUGAAAAGAUCAUAUGAUCAUUUGAUUGAUACAAAUUCAAUUGAAUUGACGUCCAUUCCGCAGUUCCCGAUAAAGAAUAGACGCUGCGACUACAAUGACAUAGACCAUACGAUUCGUCGUGGCUCUUUUCUCUGGAACUCUUUCUUGUUCACCGAAAGGGAUGAUGAGGGCAAUAUCAGGCUCCUCAAUUGUGAGGGUACAAUGGGACACACGAGCUUUAGUCUUCAAAUACACAAAUUAUUGGCUAUAAGAUGUUAUCGACCUCACUUGCUUGUUUUCUUCUUCAAUCCGCAUUUCGUAUUCUUGGAAGUUAUGCAAAACGUUGCAAAUGUACUUGGUAACAAAGUAACAGUCAUUGGCAUAACUUGUUGUGUGGACUACAGCAGUAAUGCAGUGAACUUUCCGAUCAUUACAAAUGGUGAAAAAAUAAUACGACACAUGCGUCUCUUAGACCCUCUCGGGGGUGCUAAAUAUCCUUUAGAGUGUUGUUUAAUCAUUAACUCCAGUGAUGAUUUGGAAAAUAUAGUAUAUUUCCGCCACAACCAAGAUAAGCACUUCACGAGGCGUUUAUUAAAUUCAAUUAACGAUGGGAAAGACAAUUAUCAAGAAAUGGAAUUUUCUUAA